UUAAUAUCACGUAACACGUCGUAAUCAGGUUGGGCUAUGUUUGGUUCUUCCAUUUAAAUUUCGUAAAACCGUCCGGUAUAUCAUGUCGAAUUCAAGGAAUGUCAAUUGAGAUACAAAGAUAAUCCAAUUAAUUAAAAUCGUGGAAGAAGGAAGAAGAAUACAAAGAUACGAUUAAAUUUGUGGAUUUGAAAUAAUUUUCACAGAAAGAUGCCUCCAAAGAAAUUGAAGGAAAGCAUAAUUUUCCUUGUAAAUAUCGGAAUUAUUCGUCAUGGUAGUCAAAACAAUUCACAAUUGCUAGAUAAAGCAAAGUUUAUUCUUAAACAUAUUAUUCAAAAGAAGAUAUUUUUACGUCCAAAGGAUGAAGUAGGAGUAAUAUUAAUGGGAUCAGAUAACAGUAGAAGCAACAGUGUCAUAGAAUUUGACAAUAUACAAGAUUUAUGUUCCAUGCAAGUUGGAAACUGGAAUUUGAUAGAAAACAUUGAGAAAUUACAAACCACAAAUCAGCAUUGUUCUUGGAUGGAAGCAAUUUAUGCUGCGGUUGAAUAUAUUAACCAUGAAUGCUUAGACAAAUCUGAAAAGAAAAUAAUCCUGCUGUCUGAUUUCAAUGAAGAAGAAGAUGUUGUAAAUCAGUUCAAAAUGAAAGAUAUUGCAAAGACAUUAAGUUCAGAGGAUAUUUCACUCAUAGCAAUCGGAGAAAGAGCACUGGAUAAUAUAGAUGAAGAUUCUCAAACAGCCAGUGAAGCAUUACUUAUAAAUGUUUUGCAAGAGAUUAAUGGUCAAUAUCUCACUUUUGAACAUGCUAUGGCAGAUGUACGCUUUUAUAAACGGCCAUCGACUAAACCGAUGCCAUGGUGCUGUCACAUGGAAUUAGGCGAUUUUCACAUACCGAUUGCUGGAAUUUCUAAAAUGCCAACAGAAGUAAAGUUACCAAAAAUGAUACUGAUGGGAAAGACAAGUACAUCCGAUAAUCCGGAUCAGGAAGUACCGAUUAAGAAUGUCGCACAAUGGACGGAUAAUAAUAGGACUAUUCAUACACAAGAGGAUAUUAUCCGUGGUUAUGUGUACGGUGGCAAGUCUAUUCCGGUUUCGGAUGAAGCUAAGAAGGGAAUGACUCCCAAAACUAAUGAAAAAUGUUAUAAGAUACAUGGUUUUUCCGCAAGAGAAAGCAUUCGUAUGGAAUAUUGGUUAUCAGAUGGCUCAUAUGUUAUUGUACCUGCUAAUGAGUCGGUAAGUGCACCAUUUUACAGUCUGGUGCAAGCCAUGGUUGAAGAGAAUGUAGUCGCUAUAGUGGAGAAGGUCCACAGGGCAAACACUGAAGCAAACAUGGUUGCAUUAUUUCCGAGCGUUGAUGUACCAAAUGAACCUUGGUGUCUUAUUGAGAUCGGCUUGCCAUUCGAGCGAGAUUAUGGUGCGAUAGCACAGAGACCCUUGAAUUUUGUGAAAAAGCAAUUAUCAAAGGAACAAGACAAUGCUAUCGACGACUUGUUAACUUCUUUAGAAUUACCUGAUGCUGUUGACGAUGACGCAAUUGAUGUUAGCGAAAAAUAUUUACCGGGAUAUAUGCCAGAUCCUGGAGCGCAACAUAUGUGGGAUAUGCUAUCAGCUCGUGCGCUAAAUCCAGACAAGCCAUUGCCACCUAUUGCCGACGAUGUAAAAAAUCUUGUAGAGCAACCCGACUUUCUGAAAGAAAAAUGUGGACCGGUUACAGAAAAGAUAAAAAAAUUGUUCUCCUUAGAAAAGAAGCAACCUCUUAAUAUUAGGAAGCGUAAAAGCUCAAACGAAAGAGAUAAUGAACGAUCUAAUAACAGUGACGUAAUAAUACCAAAAUCAGUUAAAACAGAUGAAAAAAAUAUUUCAAAAGAAAAUAAUGAUGAACCGAAGAAUAUGAUUUCUUCUAAUGAAUGCAAUUUUAACUUUGAUGAAAUUGGUGAUAUGUAAGAAACUGGCAGUAUGUAAUCUAUAUAUGGUAUUUGCAUUUUUAUAAUUUAUGCUUUUUUAAUUGCGGCGUGGAAAACUUAGAGAGAGAAAGAGAGAGAAGCAUAGUUUUAUAUUGAAUUUAAUU